AUGGUUACAUAUACCAGUUAUGUUGCUGGUGCAGUAAUUCUGGCCAUGGUGACUGUGCUGCUGGUGAAGUUGUUUGAAUCAUUCAAGUCUUUCAGCAGAAGAAGAGCUCUGUACAGGAAGUUUCCUCAAAGACCUGCUAAUUUCAUAUUUGGACAUUUGCUUGAGUAUCCUGGGCCUAAUGAAAGAGGUUUGGCAAUGCAAAGAGAAGUGACUCAGAGUUUUCCUCGAUGUUUCUUGACAUGGUGGAUGCAGACACCAAUGAUUGUAGUCACUCAUCCAGACACUGUGAAAGUUAUACUCAAAAGUUCAGAGCCUAAAGGUGAGAUCGUAUACAACAUGAUCAGGCCUUGGAUUGGAGAUGGACUCUUGACUAGCAAAGGAAAGAAGUGGGCAAGAAACCGGAGACUCCUGACACCAGCCUUUCAUUUCACAAUCUUGAAAAACUAUAUUGAGUUGAAGAAUAGGUGUGCUGACAUGCUACUGAAAAAGUUUGCUCAGGCAGCCGAAGCUAACCAACCGUUUCACGUAUUUGCUAAUGUGACCAUGUACACGCUUGAUGUCAUUCUGAGAAGUGCUAUGUCCUAUGAAACGAAUUGUCAGAAUUUAGGAGAAAGUCAUCCAUACGUCCAAGCAGUAAAUAAAAUGUCGGAGCUUCUGGUUGACAGAUUUUUUAAACCAUGGCUGUACAAUGACUUCAUCUAUUCCCUAACACCUUCUGGUCGGCGCAUGAAAAAAUACUGUGACUUUGUACACAAGGUUGCUGAGGAUAUCAUUAACAGAAGGAAGGAAAUUAUUAAACAAGAAGGACUUCCAGAUAUCAACAAAACACAGAAACACCGUCAGUGUUUAGACUUCCUGGAUAUCUUGUUGACUGCCAAGGAUGAAAAUGAUGUUGGGCUGACUAAUGAAGAGAUUCGAGAUGAAGUGGACACAUUCUUGUUCGAAGGCCAUGAUACAACAGCAAGUGCCAUAUCUUGGGCACUGUACUCAAUUGCCGAGCACCAGGACAUUCAGAAGCGGGUACAAGAAGAGCUGGAUAAUCGAAUGGCAGGGCGGACAAAAGAGGAUGUACUCUGGGAAGACCUUACAGAGCUGCCGUACCUGACGAUGGUAAUUAAGGAGUCCUUGAGGUUGCAUUCUCCGGUUCCUUUCAUACAGAGAGAGCUGACGGUGGACACAGAAAUUGAUGGUAACAUUGCUCCGGCAGGAACAUUGGUGGAUAUUAUCUUGUACAAUGCCCAUCACAAUCCUGUCAUUUGGGAAGACACUCUGAAAUUUGACCCAGACAGAUUUUUGCCAGAGAAUGUAGAAACGAGAAGUUCCUACGCAUUUAUUCCAUUUUCUGCAGGGCCAAG